GCUAAGGGAUCAGGACAGUCAGUGUUAUCUCUCCGGUCCGCUCUGACUAAGCGACUGUCAUUUAAAACAUUCUGCCGGUCGCUGCACGUUGCGCUGCAUCAGAUGAAUGAAAUUCCCGGAAUGCAUAUGCUAGCCACCUGCCUAUUAGUCGCUGCUGUUUCAUACUGGUACAGCAGCGAGCUUCUGACAGCGCUCCGUCUGUUUAUUUCAGACUCAGCCCUCGGAGGGGACAUGCCGGAACCCGAGGGGAAUCGUCUGUCACCGCAAGGUGUCCCUUACACCGACCUGCCGCACAUCGUCAACGCCGACGGACUGCACCUGUUCUGCCGUUACUGGGAGCCCGACAGUCAGCCAAAGGCGCUGGUGUUUGUUGCCCAUGGAGCAGGAGAGCACUGUGGGGGAUAUGCUGACAUUGCUCACAGCCUGACCCAGCAUGGUAUUCUGGUGUUCGCCCACGAUCACGUUGGUCAUGGCCAGAGUGAAGGUGAGAGAAUGGAUAUCAAAAACUUUCAGAUUUACAUCAGAGAUGCCCUCCAGCACAUUGACAUCAUGAAGGGCCGGUACCCCAAUCUGCCAGUCUUCAUCAUUGGACACUCAAUGGGAGGGAGCAUUUCCAUUCUGACCGCAUGUGAGAGGCCGCAGGAUUUUGCAGGUGUGGUUCUCAUAGGCCCCAUGGUUCAAAUGAAUGCUGAAUCUGCUACACCUUUCAAGGUUUUCCUGGCAAAAAUUCUAAACCGCUUGACUCCCAAACUCUCUCUUGGUUCGAUCGAAUCAAAAUGGAUCUCACGGGAUCCCAAACAGGUGGAGGCAUAUGACACAGAUGAGCUAAAUUAUCAUGGAGGGCUGCGCGUCUCUUUCGGAAUGCAGCUGAUGGAUGCGGCGGCUCGCAUCAAGAGAGAAUUACCCAACAUUACAUGGCCCUUCUUCAUUCUCCAUGGAGACGCCGACAAGCUUUGUGACAUCGGAGGCACUCAUCUAAUGUAUAAUGAGGCCAAGAGCACUGAUAAAAACCUGAAGGUGUAUGAAAAAGCCUACCAUGCCCUACAUCAUGACUUACCUGAAACAGUUGAGUCUGUCUUAAAGAAGGUGAGCACUUGGAUCCUGGAGAGACUCCCCAGCCCUCAUGGGUCUUAGCUGUCAAUCACCGCAUACACAGUUGCCUAAGCCCCGCCCUCUACCGAAUCUUUCAUCUCUAUGACAAAGAGAUGUCUGAUUGCACUACAUGCCAACAAAACUACCCUCAUUCUAAUUUACCUAGGUGAUAAGAGGUCAUUAGUAAGUGACCUUUGACCUAGAGGUCCAAUUAAGCUUUAAUAUGGCCAGUAAGGGUUCUGUGGGAGUUUAUAUUCCCUGAAUAGCAAUCAUCAAUCAUCACCCGGUUGCCCUUGGUGCUUAGCUCUCUUUUGUGUUGCCACAGUAAUAGAAAGCAGCUGCAAUUUGCUCUUUGUGAUGUCCACUGCUCAUAAGAGAUGCAGUGCUGCCCCCGCUGGACAAUAGUAGUACUGCAUUCGCAGUUGCCAAGGCAACUCAACCUUAUUGCUUAUGGCUUGGCAGAAAAA